AUGGCUGCCGGUUCCAAGGCACCCAACCCCGUGCAGACUCUGCAGGAGGAGGCUGUGUGCGCCAUCUGCCUCGAUUACUUCAGGGACCCCGUGUCCAUCGGCUGCGGGCACAACUUCUGCCGAGCGUGUGUGACCCAGCUGUGGGGAGAGGAAGAUGAGGGAGGCCGGGAGGAGGAGGAGGAGGAGGAGGAGGAAAAUGGAGGAGAAGAGGAGGAAGUGGAGGCUGCGGGGGCCGGUGGGGGCGGGGACACCCCCAUGAGGGAUGAAAACUAUGAGGGCGACUUGGAGGAAGAGGUUGAGGAGGAGGAGGAAAGAGUGUUCGGCACCGGGAACAUGGGCGGGUCCGACUGGGACAACAUGGACUAUGUGAGGGAGGACGACGACGACGAUGGCGACGGCGACCACGACCACGACCACGACGACCUGGGGGUGGAGGUCGAGGAGGCCGAAGAAGAAGUGCUGGAGGAGGAUGUGGAAGUGCUGCGGGACCCGCGUCUAGAUCCUCGGCAGUGCUUCACGUGCCCCCAGUGCCGGAAGAGCUUUCCCAGCAGGAACUUCCGCCCCAACCUGCAGCUGGCCAACAUGGUGGAGGUGAUUCGGAAUAUGCACCCCACACCGGGUCGGGGCAGCCAUAGGAAUGAGCAGCGCAUUUGUCCCAAACACCGAGAGGCCCAGACGCUCUUCUGUGAGGUGGACGAAGAGGCCAUCUGUGUGCUGUGCCGAGAAUCCUGGGACCACAAGCAGCACAGCGUGGUGACAUUGGAGGAGGUGGUGCAGGAGUACCAGGCCAAACUGCAGGGGCAUGUGGAACCUCUAAGAAAGCACUUGGAGAUGGUGCAGAAGUUGAAAGCCAAGGAGGAGAGGCGGGUGGCCAAGCUGAACAGCCAGAUGAAGUCAGAGCUGGCAGCUGUGGCCUCAGAGUUUGGACGGCUGACAAGGUUUCUGACUGAAGAGCAGGCAAGGCUGGAGCACCGCCUUCGAGAGAUGUGCGAAGCCCAGCUGGGCCGGGCGGAAGCAUCGGCCAGUCUUCUGGCUGAGCAGGCUACCCAGCUGAGCUGCCUGCUAUAUGAGGCCCAGGAACGGAGCCAGCAGGGGGCCCUGCCGCCGCCGCUUCAGGACAUCAAGGAGACUUUCAAUAGGUGUGAAAAGAUACAGCUGCAGCCCCCAGAGGUCUGGUCCCCUGACCGGUGUCAACCCCACAGCCAUGACUUCCUGACAGACACCAUCGUGAGGAAAAUGAGCCGGAUGUUCUGUCAGGCUGUUCGAGUGGACCUGACACUGGACCCCGACACGGCUCACCCGGCCCUGAUGCUGUCUCCUGAUCGCCGGUGGGUCCACCUGGCAGAACGGCGGCAGGAGGUUGCUGACCAUUCCAAGUGUUUCUCGGCCGACUGCUGCGUGCUGGGGGCCCAGGGCUUCCGCUCUGGCCGGCACUACUGGGAGGUAGAGGUGGAUGGGCAGCAGGGUUGGGCCGUGGGUGUUGCCCGAGAAUCAUCUCAUCAUGAGGAGAUGGGCUCUGGGGAUUCCUCUGUGGGCACCGGGGAUGCCAGUUCUUUCUCUGGCCAUCACCGCCACCUCCACCUACCCCAGCAGCCCCUGCUCCAGAGGGAAGUGUGGUGUGUGGGCACCAAUGGCAACGGUUACCAGGCACAGAGUUCGACGGAGCGGACGCUGCUGAGCCCACAUGAGAAACCACGGCGCUUUGGUGUGUACCUGGACUAUGAGGCUGGGCGCCUGGACUUCUACAAUGCAGAGACUCUGGCCCACGUGCACACCUUUUCAGCUGCCUUUCUGGGUGAGCGCGUCUUCCCUUUCUUCCGGGUGUUCUCCAAGGGUACCCAAAUCAAGCUGUGCCCUUGA